AACCUCAUAACGAAUUCCUGGGUAUAACGAACGAUAUUCCAAGCUCCAGUAAUAGUAAAAUAUAUGGAAAGGAACCUCGAUGUAACGAAACCUUCUUACAGCGAACAUAUUUUGUCAGUUCCUUGGCCCUUCGUUAUAUCGAGGUUGCACUGUAUCUUGAUUGAAAGACGGCACAUCAAACCGUUCAACAGACCCGCCCUCCCGCUACUUUUUCAUGCGCUAAAGUUUAACUAACUCAUUGAAAAAUUUAUCCAAAGUCGGCUUUUGGGUUAAAUAUAAAAAUUUGUUCGCUGCUAUAAAACAUAAAAUUAUGUAACCAGCCGAGGGCGAUUCUACUUUGAAUACAACAAGGAACAACUUAUAUUCCAGAACAAAUCUAUGUGACCUCUUUUGCACUUCGCCUCUGGUUCAGAACUUUUUCAUCUUUUUAAAUUCACAACUGUUAAGUUGCAGCAACAAAUGUUGAGCUGUUUAAUGCAUGUUGAAUGUUAAAAUGCACCACUUAAGUUGUUGAGCGCGAAAGCAGAGAUGAGCUUUCUUCCAUUCAAAAAGUUGGGACGUGUUUGACUUGUUUAGCCUGGGGGCAAGCUCUUGAUUUAGACCACGAAUCGUGAAAACUCACGUGCAAGAGGCACGUGAUGCGGCUCUGCUCGCCCCACUCCCCACUCGAAAUGGAGAGCUUCGCCGCAGGCUACGAUUGGUUGAACAGCAACUUCGUUCACCGUUUGUUGAACAACAAAUGUUUACCGAUAAUGAACAAUGUGUUAUUGGCGUUUCUUCAAUAGGAGUCUUUUUUUGCACUGCACGAGAGAUAUCCUUUCUGCCUGUAUACAAAAGCGUUUUAGCAUUUAUGGUUGCAAUUGUAUCACGUGAAGGUCUUAUUUUGGUUUGACUGUUAACUCGAUUUUGACCAGUCAAAUGAAAAGAACAUUAAGAAGUUCAAGAUUCAUGGGUCAAAUCUACAUUUGCUUUUUAAAUACCCCACACACUAACAGUAGCUACAGGUGCUUUCGGUCGCUUAAUACCUUAAUACCAUUAAACAUGUCUUCCCCGAUAUAUUUACAUACCUUAGAUAUAUAGAUAGAUUAGAUAAAUGGUUUGUUAUAAUUAUCCACAUAGCCCGAGGCUGAAUUACGAUAACCUUUUUCUUUUAAUGCAAGAUAGUUGCAAGUUGCGUAACUGAAAGCAUUAACUAGAACGAUGUUAAAUUUGUAUUGGAAUCGCGGCGGGAUAUUCUGCGGAGAAGUUCACACGGCUUUUUAAGAAUUUGAACGGAUAUCUCGUUCACACGUCGCAGGUCAAUCUUUUCGAUCUGCUCACACGAAACUUUGAACAGCUAGGCGUCUAAAUUUCCGCAUGGUUAAGGUGGAAACACCUAAGCGCAUUAAACCGGUCGAAAAUUUGUCCGGUGCCGUUCGUACCCGUCGUGGACGCAGGUGAUUCGCAGGCAGGCUGAUUAUUGCAAUAUUUUCACUUCAAUAAUGUUAUUUGUCACAACAGUUCCUGACAAGAAUGAAACAAGAUUACGGCUGACCUGAAACGUACCUCAAGUGCAAAGCAAUUAAAACGAUCACUACCUGAAUCAAUUUUAUAUAAUCAAUUUAUUAUGCAAUCAGUCAUCAUUCAGCAGUACUUUAAUUUCCAGGAUGUACUAUAAUUCCCAUCGAGCAUACGCGUCCACGUGAUGACCACGAAUAUCCAACGACAAGACCGCAUCGAGAACGUCAACAAAACAAUAGGUUGAAUAAGCAAAACAACAACUUUGUACGUGAUCACCCUUUUAUUUUUGCAUUUCUUUGCCAUUUUUGCACGACUACGACGUGAAGAUGCCUAAUUUUGCGUUUUAUGGAUAAAGUAAACAAGCAACGACGAAAUUUAUUCUUCUUUUCGCUCUGGAACUUGGAUAUGGUCCCUUGGAAUUCAACUCCAUUUGCGUUCGCCUACAUUUGACAAAGUAAGUAGACAGGAAUAAAUCAUUCAAAGAAAUACUGAAUAUCCACAGCAGGCUCGCGUUAAGGCAGCAAUUGUAAGCGUAAGCAAAUGCGCGAGAGCAUAAACUUGCUUUCAAACACGAUUUACACGUUUGAAGUUUAUUUUUUUUCGUCCAUAGCGCUGGACAGCGGCUCGAUCAAAGAAGCAGGAGGAUGCUCGCAUAGCCUGCGAAAACAUCCGUUUCUCCUCGCUCUUCGCCGCGCGUUCCUCCGCGCGAAACGUCCCUAUCGGCGAAGAGCGAGGAGAAACGGAUGUUUUCGCAGGCUAAUGCUCGCGGUGGUUUCUCUCCCUUCGUAGCGUAGCAACCGGCCUGGAAAAACCACUGCUCGCAGGGUAAUAAGCUUGCAUUAAUGUUUUAAAAACUGGUUUUUCUUCAAAAUUUUUAAGUCAUUUUAUAAUCAAUUGCAGGUGAAUAAGUUUCAUAUUUGUUCGCGACUGUAUAUUGUGUUUUUAUUACCGAUUAUUGUUUUUAGUUAAUUUGGGGGCCAUUGUCGGUUUGUCAGUUUUAUUAAUACUGCGAUGUUACCCUAAUUUAAGUAAAUAAAUUUGAUAUAAUUGUUAAUGAAAUAGAGUCUCACUGUUUCCACCACUACUACUUAUACUCAACUAGAUUUUAUUCACCCGCGCCGUCUUUUGCCCAAUUCACACCAACUAGACAUGUUUAAUUAAACUGGUUUUAAAAAAUCAAAUACACAUUGCUAAGCAGUAGAAAAGAACAGUCCCCUAAGACUUUUGGGCAGAAUUCGAAUUUUAACUUUAAGGCGUUAUGUAUUUGAACAAAAUUUGCAAUCGAUAAAAGUAAAGUAUUAGAAGCUUCUACAAAGAAAACAAAUUUCAACUGUAUUUAACUUAACAGCUUUUAGAUAUUUUAAACCUUUGGUGCGAAUGAAGCUUUUGUUACCAACUUUGUCCAGUUUGUCAUGUCCGAAACAUAGUUAACAUUUCGUGGGACAUGAUGGGCCAAUUUUAUCGGACACCAACUCGUAUAUGCAGCUCUGGCACGCCAAAUAAAGUUCGUCCUAAUAGACUUGGGUAUUACUGUUCGUAAAGAAAUGCCACCAAAUUAGUGCAGUGAUAGAUAACAGCAUUUAUAGCCCUUCCUGUAAGCAAAGAGAAACAGCCGAGCACUGAGAGUGACCAACACCAAUUUUCUUCCAAGAGGAUAGGUUAUAAGAAUUAAUAUAAUGAUCGAAAGUCAAAUCAUUAUCAAAUUUCUUCAACUAAUUCUUUGAGGAAGUGUAUAGAGAUUAGUCUGGAGAAUUUCUGUGAAGAUAUUAUGGCUUAAAGAGUUAAACAUUUCACUCGCUGGAGCCUUAUUUCAGACCAAAAAAAUGUAAUUUUCCACACCCGUUUUCAGACCAGACCUCUAAAAUCCAUACCCGUUUUGAGAGCUGGCCUUAAGGCAGAAAUUAUAUCAUUACUUAGAUAAGAGCGCAAACGAAAACAAAAGAUUUCAAAUGCAUUUCGAAUUCGCAUACUUCUAUUUCGUUCUUAUUCAUUUGGAAUUGAAAGAAUAACUAUGUUCAUACGCCCCCAUAGUUCCCUCAAAAACCAUACCCGAUUUCAGACCAAAAUAGGCAAAGUGUAUCCCCAUUUUCAGACCAAAAAGGCCCAAAAACCAUACCCGUUGGGACGGCACAUACCUAAAUGGCUUAUAUAAAGGAGUACCCCUCCCCCGCCUCUACCGGGUUUCAAGGAGCUGUUUUCACUCACGUGCGUCACGUUUUAACUCGCGUGGUCGCCCUUUCAUUGUUAUGGUACAUCAAUAUGGCCGCCUUAACCUCAUGUGUAAAUGAUCUUUAUCUUUUAAUUCUGUGAAGGAAAUCUAAUGAUAUAAUAUUCAAAUGAAACGUAUUUGGUACCUACGUGCAGAGGUUAGUUUCUGGGGCGUAAACAAACUAACUAAGCGACUGACAAGCCAAGCCAACGACUUCGCAAAUACCAGCUCGUACGUCUUGGCGGCAUUUUGUUAUCGUACUACUUGUUUUUCAAUAUUUUACAUAAUGGAAUUUUGGAAUUUUGCUAAAUUUAGGGUUGAUAGUACCAUAAUUAUAACUUUCCACUCGCCAGACAGGAGCCAAAGGGCUUUUGCAACUUAAUGCCCCAGAACACAGACAUUUGGAUUAUCUAAGUCGACAUUUAAACUAACGUAAAUUUCCUCCACGUGAAAUGCCAAUAGUUUGAACCUUUUUUUCUUCUUUUUUUUCUGCUUACUCUGUGAACUGUUAUUUUAUUUUGUUUUCUUUUAUUCUAUUAAUGGCGACUGCGUUUCUAAGUAUAGCCGGCAAAGAUUCACUGAACGUUUUCUCUCAAAAAAGUUACGUUCGUGAAGCUAUUCGAUGGUUAAGGCCAAUAACAGAAAAUUGGCGUUAUUCCUGAAAAUUUGAUAGGAAAGCGAACACCACAGAAAGUAAUUCUCACUGUUUUUUCAAGUAUUUCAAUUGCAAUCAAUUCCAAGCAAUUUGGGCGGGGAGGGGGAGGGGAUGCUUCUGGGGCAGGCUAGGGGGAACAAGAUGGAGGGUAGGGGAUCGGGAUAUGGGGGGGGGGGGGGAGGGGCUUCAGUGCACUUCGGAGGCUGACCACGUUCAAUAUGCAUGCAACCAAACUUACACAAAAUGAGGCUAUUAAUUUGCAUUUGUUUCUUGAGUGAUUUGGUUGAGUCAUGUUUAUUAACAUUUGCGUUUGCAUUAAGUAUGGAUCAGUUGACUUAUAAACAAAAAUCAGAUAUAAACAGCAAAGUGUGAGUAUAUUUUGUGAAUGACGCCACACCGACGCCAUAUUGAUGACGUCCGCCGUUUUAACAUAAAGCAAACUGGAAGUUGCAAUAAUCGAUGUGAAUCACUUUACUGUUACAGUGCAUGAUAGUAUUCGCCGGCCAUAAUUCCGAUGGCACUAUUUUGCAGACAUUCCUAUUACAGCAAAUUUUACCUAUGUUCAUAAUUUUCUUAGUCCUGGCACCUGCAGGCUAAAGGCCAAAACCCUUUUUACUGAAGCACGUGCACACGUGCAUACUAGCAGACUAAUAAGAUCAAUUAAAGGAAACCUAAUUAGUGCUGAAAAGGCGAGAUUAUCAUUACAGGGGAUUAUACUCAUAAAUCUACCGCUUCGUUAAAGUUCUGCUACGGAUACUUAGAGGUCAAUUGUAGAACUUGCCAAGGCUUUAAGCAAACCUUUGGACGCCACAGGAGACAAUUAUCAGGCCAUAAGUCGAUAUGAAUACUAAUGGCAUUUUCUCAGUACUCAACAGUUGAUCGUUGGUACCCGCGGACGAUGGGCGGGGAGAUGUAUGCUUUAAAUGAAAACAGUAACAAAACAACAAUUAAAGAUGCUUUGGCGUCCUUGGGAACAGGAAAAAAGGAAGGAAUGUUUAGGUUUUACAGAAUAAAUGUAUCUUUUUACUGAAGCCAAAACACUUGACUUAAGAUUGGCCCUACAGUUGUCUUCCUCCACGGAUAAAGACGAAAAAAAGUAUUGGCAAAGAGGAUGAAAAUAAGUCGAAAUUUGGAACUCAAAAAGACAACUAAGAAGAUUGAAAGCACAGUAAACGUUGCAUGAAGUCACGUGAUAUGUCACGUGAGAAAGUUUUUUCCCCCUGAAAAUCACACGCAAGUAUCACGAACAGUUGUUCUAUUUUGUAAAUGUAAUUUAACAAUAGUGGAUAAGAUUUUUAAUUCGUGUUUUUGAAAAAAUCAUGAGUUAGUCUGAAAAGAAAUAGUUAUUUUCUUGCAUAUUAUUAGAGAAACACCGCUCGGUGGUAUAAGCUUCUCGUGACUAUUAGUUACUCUUAAUUCAUAUAUAAAAUCUUUUAGUUAGUGGACAAAGAGUCGCUUCAUUUUCCAUCAUACCUUUCAUAGAGCGUUUCUAAAAUAACAAAAUUGCAGAACAUUGAUGAACAUUCAACCUGAGGAAAAUCAUAUGAGUGCGAAUACUUUAUUGACAUCCACUGCAGAACUAAAUGAUGGUUUAGCUUCUUAACUUGUUAGUCUUCCGCCAGAAUUUUAAUUUAUCGUGGCUAGCAUUUCUUCCAUAAAGCGUUUGGUAAUCGAGCGACGUAACCUGACAGACCAAGGGUAGUCCACUAUUUCCCAAACUUUGUAUUGCCAAAAGAUUUACUUCCAAUUGUGUGAAGCUAUGGCACAAAUCGAAGAACCUAAGCAUGCAUAUGCUGCUUUUGAAAAAUUAACUUGUCUCAAGUGAAACUGCUGUUUGGAAAUAUGGAAUACAUGUUUAAGAAAAUGAGGCUUAGUAUAAAAUAGUAACCGAUAGCUUAUAAACUGUCUCAACUACGCUUUGUGUCAGGUGAGAAAAGAAGUUUUUUUUACCUGAUAGCUAAGAUCAGAGGUCCAAAUAGUCGACUGAUGACUGAAAAAUGGGUUAAAUGUUUAACUGAUAGCCGAAACGUCUCCGAAAAACGAACAGAUCAAUGAUUUCAGCACCUCUAUGCAAAACCUCAAGUUACCUGCUAUUUCGCCUCUUUGCUUUCCAAACCUAGCUACCUUCCUUGUAGCGUGCACUUUCCAACUUUUGAUUCCGUAGUCCGAACGACAAUACUGAUAUGGAUGAUGAUGCGUGAUAUAAUUAUAGGAAUUCUUCAAGGGGGUGGAUAUCUGCGGACUUUCGCCUAUAAAAUUGUACGUGUCUUGUCGAAAUCUCCCGCGGUGUAACCUUGUGAGGUCCAGAAACUACUAACAUUGUCCGUUCUCUUAAUUCGUAUCGGGAUUGGCAUACAUGUAGAAUCAGUAAAGGACCAAAGCAGAUGAGGCUGGCAUUUAUAAAAAAAAAACAAAACAAAAAACAAAAUAAGAGAAGAAUGAUAACUUCACCUUUUGAAUAUUGUACAACAAGACUAGCACUGCAUAACCAGGAUUUCGUCACUCUUUCGACGCAAAGUAAAUAUGGAAAAGUUCAAUGAAUGUUCGCGAAGAUCUUCACUUUGAGUCGAUGUUAGUUCUUUGAUUUGAAGUCCUCAGUAACAAGAUCAAUAUUUGUGUGUAUCCGGUCUCUUCUGAGAAUGCCUAGGGAUGCCAAAUUUUUUUCAUCAUCGAUGUAAAGUACAAGCGUUAAUCUUUUGUAAGCGUUUUGAACUGAAAUUGAUAUUUAUUUACCUUUUGCGAGGAAAAAAGAAAGUCAGAACCUUGAUCUUGUCGUAUCCCAGUUUUUUUCUUGGAGCUUUAUUUAAAUGGCCAUUUGCUUUCACUCGCUUUAUGUAAGAUAGUCUUGGAUUCUGAAUACCAAGCAGUGGAUUCCGGAUUCUUUUAAUUGGAUAUUGGAUUCCGGAGUCCAAUCGUUAUUGGGUUCUGGAUUCGUUUAUCUGUAUUCUGGAUUCCAAAGCCCAGAAUUCCGGAUUCCAGAAAAAAAUUUUCCAGGAUUCCGGAUUUUCUGUUUUAGGUUUUGUGAUUCUGUUUUGGGUUUGUAAUUCUGUUUUGUGUUUUGUGAUUCUCUUUUGGGUUUUGUGACUCUGGUUUAUGUUUUGUGAUUCUGUUUAAGGUUGUGUGAUUCUGUUUUGUGUUUUGUGAUUCCGUUUUGGGUUUGUGAUACUCUUUUGGGUUUUGUGACAUUGGUUUGUGUUUUGUGAUUCACGUAUUUAAGGGUGUCAAAAGAUUCGAUAUCUCUCACUAAAGCAAGGCCUGAGCAUAUAGUUAGGAAGAAAGGCUUAGGAUAGACUGUCAAUGUCGAAGAUUGAAUUGUUAACAUUGGAGAAAUGUAAUCAACCGUAACGAUAUUAAAGUGGUAGUGUUAAUUAGUAUUGGAACAGAAGGGGUUUUUUUUUUUUUAUUGUGUGCUUGUUUUUUAUGUUUAUUACGUACUCGUGAUAAAAAUAAAAAAAAUUCUGAUUAUUUUUCCAAGACCUAUUUGUCCUUCACAGAUUAAAACUCAUUACAAUAGCCGUAACAUCGUUUUUAGUAAUUUAUAUUGUAAUUCAACCAACGUGCUCUAUGGCGGUUUUUAUUACAGUAUCGAGACAAUGCUAUCUCAUAAAAAAGCAGCAAAAAGAAAUUUGGUUGUCAUCACGUUUAAGUGUGUGCUUUGUGAAAUGCAUGCCCGACAUGCACUAAUUUGAUUGAAAAAUGUUAGCUUUUUUAGUUUUAAUUAAUAAAAUCAAAACUUUCUUUGAAAAAAAUAAGUAUCUUUCUUGAGACGAGUGAAUAUAUAUUUCGCUUUUUUUGUUGAUGAAUUCAAAUAUAAUAGCUACUUUUGCGUGAUCGAGGAUAAUUACCUUUUUAAUCUAUGGAGAUCAAUGCUCACGAAAAGAAAAAAAAAGAAAUAUAGUAGCGAUUGCGAGAAAGAAAAUUUUAUUUGAAGUUUUGCAACAUACGUAGUUUCAUAAGACCUUGAAAGCAAGGAAAAAUUCUCCCAGGGAACUUCCUUUCUAACUAGAUGUUACGGAGAAGUAAGAGCGUAACAAGAUUUAAAUUUUUGGAAUUCUAACCUCUCAACUCAUGCUUACAAGGUUCCAGAAGCCAAGGUUUUCCAUUUUAAGAAAAACGUGAUGAAAGAAUGAACGUAUGUCUUGUGGGCGGCAAUUUUUGUGCUACUUUUUCGCUGACGCACCUUUAAGAGACUUCUAAAAGAAUUCUUCAGGGAAUGGCGAGAUUGGUAAUUUUCCUGUUUUUAGUUUGUUUGUGAUUUUUUUGCUUUUGAUUGGUCGAUAUACUGUUUUGUCAAUUGUUGCACUUGUUCAUCUAUCGAAAUACCAAAUUAGUCCCAUGCGAAUAACUUGCAGUACUUUUCAAAACUAUAGUGACAAACCUUUCGAACCAAGAAAUUAUCGGCUGUUGAACCCGUGCGAAUAAGGAACUAAUCGUUUAAAUUUACGUGAGCGAAGGAAAUUUGUUAGAGUCAGCUGAUAUAUCCAGUAGUUUUGGUGAUCGUGCGUGUUCAGACAUCACAUAUUAUUAGAGUCGGUUAUCUUACUUUUACAUUACAUCCAAUUUAGAAGACUUUUGAAAAAUGGAAGGUCUUCUUGAAUCGUAUAUUGUUUAUGACUUAAUUUUGUUUAGUUUUAAUUUUCUAUCCUUGAUAAAUGUAAUAGAAAGUAAGUAUUAGUGGUUAUCAUUGAAACAGGUAUAAGCUUAACUGUAGCUCUAUAUUAACGGCAAGUGUAUCGCCUUUUUCUAUGUGUAGAUGAGGCCAAUUGUGUAAAAUUUCCAAGCAUUCAUUGCCUGUUGCACUAAUAGCGACUGUACCUAAAGAAUUUUAAAAUGAACCUUUUAACAAGACUGAAUCGAAAAAGGCAGGCAUCAUGAAAUGCGAGGGUUUAAACCCUAUUUAGUAAAACUAUGCGGUAAGGAAUAGUCAAUUGUCUCAAGACCCAGGUUAACUUCUCAUGUACAACAGGUGCUCCUAAUUUGUUUUGCGGUUCUGAGAUUCUUCCAACAAGAAAGUCAACUGUCCAUUUGUGUAAGCUUGAUAGCUUAGUUAACAACAACAACGAGAACAAAACGGCAACAAAUUUGAGUCUAUAUAGGCUGGACUAAAUUAUCGGAAUGCAAGUGGAAAUAUAUGGGCGGGUGGUAGCGUCGCAGUCCUGAAGUCAAGCCAGCCAAGGUCAAAUGCUAUCAAAUGGACUGAACACGAACUCACUUCAGUAACGAGAAAGUUAAGAUUGCAUCUAAAGCUUCAAUGCUUCAUAGUAUUUGUACUUUAAAAUGCAUUUUACGUGCUCAUUUUUGUUGAAAAUUCUGAAACGUGUUACCCCAAAAGUAUACCUGCUGCAAAAAGUCGCAUUUUUGGAAACCUAACGAGAACAACUGCUCAUCAGUCAUCGAAGCUCAGAGCAAGGAUUUGGAUUACAGUAUAUGAAGGAUAAUCUUCGAAAAGGGCUUAAAAUAUUUACUAUCCUACCCUUGGUUUUUCAAAGGAGAAUGGAAAAGAUAAAUGUACUUUUUUGUAUGGGUGUUAUAUAAGUUGCAAUUUAAGGUGAACUGAAAACAUACGUUAUGAAAUCUCAGCCUGUUGGUUGUAACACUGCUUGACUUGACUAUGAAUUUCGCUGGCUUUCUGCCUAUUUGAAACCCAAUAUUGAAACUUCAAAGGAAAAUAAAUGACAAAAAUGUGUCUGGAAAACUUCGGUUACUUAUUUUAAUUUCAGUCAUCAGUAAAAUGUAAAUGUGGUACCCGCUGAGCCUCUAAAUAAUAGACCCCGUAUUUCUUCCAGACCACGUUAUAUGGCAAGAUGAUUUUUUUACACUAACUUUAAACCUCUGGGCGAAAUACUAUGAUGUUACCAUUCAGAUGAAACCUUUAUGGCAGAACUAGAAUAAUUCGAGGAUUGUACAAAUAGAAAUUUGCAAUUUUUGGUGAGUUUUACUUUGGCCAAUAUUAGGAGAGGGUCAAACAACAAAGCUGACAUUACAGUACAUCAUUUGUGUGUGAAAAUGUUCCUCUUUCUUCGUGACGAUAUUGUAAUAUUUGUGGGUAAAAGGAGACCUGAUAGAUUUAUCUAUACAUGUAGUUUCAAAACCCAAAUUUUAUAGUAAAAUUGUUAUCUUUCCAUCAAGGUAUCUUUCUGCUGCCUUCCAUUAAUUUUGAUGAUGACGGCAAACUCUGAGGAUAAUUCUAAAAAGAGAAAGAGAAGAAAUAGCGAGAUAAAGUUCAAGCAAAAGCAGAAGGAAAAACAAUCCACACCGAACCAUCAAAGGUAAGGGCAUAUUCAACCAUCAUACAACUGCAAGAUGCAACUUUUAUCGCCAAAUCCUUAAGUAGAAUUUUGCAAGAAGAAUCAUCACGGAAGUAUAAUCGUAAUUUCGUUGAAAGUAGGAGCAAGUACCUAUUCUUUGGUUUAGUGAAGGGAAACAAAAAAAUGGAGGAUUUCAGUUAUUUUCAUUGUGAAAGGAAUUUAACUGGUAAUUACAAUAAGAUGAGUAAUCUUUGUUGGACUGGUAGGUGGAAAUGUAUUAAAAUAUUUAGAUUUAUUUUGUAGCCCUUGUCCAGUUUCAUAUAUCCUUCCUUAAUUUCAUUUACAGAACAAAUUCAAGUCCGCCGGACCUUUAUAAUGGUCGUUGCGUGGCGAUAGACAGUUCGGAGAGAUCUGUUAAUGACUGGGAUAACACCAGAAAAGAUGAAUAUUCGCAAGUGGUUCUCAGAGAUAUUAAUGACAAUUCAUUGGUAGCUGAGGAUGAGAAAGAGAAAAGUUCUCACGUCUCAUUGGAUGGCUCGCAAACAAACUCUCACUCCGGGAAAUCAGAUGAAGACACAGGUACAGUCUUGUAGAGUUUUGUAUAAGUGGGUAUGUAGAGCUGCCGCAAAAUUCGUAGGGUAACGAAAUUUGCACCUGUUUAUCGCAUCUUGGUUUUAAUAAAUUUCUUUGUAGGCGAAGAAGCUCACAGAGUGCAAAGGGUGAAGACCAAGUUAGGAAUAUGGAAAACACAAGCAACAGACUUAGUAAGUUUUGUUAAUUGUAAUGAGAACAUUAUGUAAUAAAAAUGCAAACUAGAAGGGUUGAUAUCGAUACAGUCGCUUGUUAGUUCGGUCUUGUUAUAUGUUGGACAUAAGUCGUUAUAGUAAAGCGCAGAAUGCUUUUAAGCACGGGGCGUACUUGGGAUGUUGACGUUUGGUGGUUCCCUUGAUUUUUACUUUGUUAUAAUAUCUUCAAAGAUGAAAACGGUUUGAUGGAUUGCCUGUGUUAAAAAGGUAGCCGGUUUGAUGGGUAACCUGUGUUGAGCUUAACACAAUGGAAUGUACAUUUUAGAAUCUGACUCAGCAGAUGAUCCGUGACUUCAUCCAAAAUUGUCGCUAUCUUGGCCGCCAUUUUGGAUUUUCCAAAAUGAAGAUGAAAUUAUGAAACUGUGAGAAAAAUUAUUAUUUUCUUUUUAGAUUUUAGACAGACUUCUGGACUUUGUUAAUGAUGAGCCCGAGGAAACAGUCGAUGAGUACGUCGAAGGGGAACCAUUGGCUGUGAAAACGUAAGAAAAGUAGAAAAAUUCAGAAGUAGAGUUUGAUCUAUUCUUGAAUGAGAAGGUACAUUCUCAUUCUGUAUGAUGGCUGGAGUUGUUGCCCUUGUUGCUAUUGUUGUUAUUUCCUUUUUUCCCUGACUGAUACCUCUAUUUUUGUGUCUUUUUCACAGAUUGAAAGAAAACAUUAAUCGAUUCAGUAAGUAACAGUUAUAGCAAUUAAUGUAACCCCAUCCAUUCUCAGUAGACGUAGAACGUCUUUUUCAUACCUAAACUGGUUCAAGCUCGUUGCUUUCUAUCGGUUAUGUUUACACAAAUUUUGACUUUUGCACUUCAAUCAAUGUUUUAAAAAUUUAAAAACCGAUCGUCUACCCAAUUUCAAUGCACCCUUUUACGCCGGGUUUUUUCAACUUUUGACGGGGACCAGUUAGCGAAAAUCCGUGUUGACGAAAUCCUUAUUGUCUGUUUAUUAUGUCAGUGUAUUGAUUCAGAUUUAUGUAAAAUGUAGGAUCAGGGGUCCCCUAACUAAUUGGAAUGCGGCGCACUAUCCAUUUCUUAUCCUGUGCUAAAUAUAUUCUUGGUUUGCAACCACGUGACGAGGCGGCCAUGUUGGUGAUCAAUACAAUAGAAUUUUUCUCGAAGAAUUUACAUGAAAAUGGAGUUUAGUUCCCAAAGGAGAGAGACGCUUUUGUUCUUGACCGCCAACAUGGCCGCCGUGACGUCACCCGCAAACCAGCAAUACUCUGUUCUUAUUUUCAGCUGCUGGCAUGAAACCUGUAACUGGUUUUAUCAAGUCCUUCACCAACGUUUUCUCUUGGACGAAUCCAGCAGCUUCCUUCUUAAUAUUUUUGGUAAGCGUUUCUCAGCAGCUUUUCCAAAGCACUUAAGAUGAGGUCAUUAUAUUUUUUUCAAAUAUGAACUUUCUGGAAUUCCUAGGAAUUCCGCAAUACAUGCUUCGUUAUUAUAUUUUCUUUCCUUCUCUAUUUUAGGUUUACAUGUACUCUGUUUGGCAUGGCUACCUUCUCUCUCUCAUUCUGUUUGCUAUGAUUUGGAAGUUGUUUAUCAAUUAUCUCCACGCUAAGUAAGUUUAUAUGCACAAUAAUUGUUUUCUUGUUUUCUGUUUGGACGAACUGUUGAAACGCUUGCGAGCGUGCUCUUAAUUAGCCUUGAAUUAUUGUCAUUUUUCCGAGAAGAUAAUGUCUUCUACCCGGAUUCCUACAUAAGGUCCGUUUAUUCAGGCUGAACAUUUAUGAAUUCACAAUUUUCCAGCCACCCUUCUAGCAGAACCUUUCUUUCUUUCGCUCGAUUUUGCCGUACUCGAGAACGACUCUGCAUCAACGGAGUAAGAUCUUUGUUGAGCAUGCGCGACAUGUUGCUAGGAUAUAGUUUCCCUGCCAGGCCUUCAAAGAGAGCCUGAUUUUUUCCUCCUCACUCAAGAAGACAAAAUGAGGCUCUGCCCGCAACCUCGUUCCCAGGGCCCUGUCCUACUCGUUCCCAGGUUCUCUCUUGACGGGUAGGAGAGAGAACCUGGGAACGAGGUUGGCUCCUCUCAUAGCAGGAUGUUUGCCAGCUUAAGGUUUUUAAAAUUUUCUUUUGUAAUGGACAGCUCUUAUAGGUGAACUGGGCUUACAGUCGUCAGCUGACACGGUACAGAGGGGUAUUGGCGUAAAAAUAGUGUUUACCUUAUGGUUUUUGCAAUUCUCCAACAAGUCUGUAUUUCUAUUAUUUCCAACAGAGGCAUUACGAAACAGUUAGGAUUCUUAUACGAAGCAAAAGACGAGGUAAAACUGUCUGGACAUUUUUACAUUACUGCGUUCUUCUUGGAGUUAAAUGACAGACGAAGUUUUCGUACGAUAGAAAAGCCAACCAUCAAAAUAAUCAGUUGUCUACUAGAAAUUUUACACAAUUAUACAUAUGACUUAAUGAUUUUUGAGUAAGACCUUGUUGUAAGCUUUUGCUCUUUUGUAUGUAUGCCCUGUCAACAUCAAACGUUCUUUUUUACAGUUGACCCCUUCAGAUGACCACAGUUGGUCCGACAAAUUUCAACUGGUUUUACAAGUGGCGCGAAAAGUACAGGUAUAACCUACCGCUUUUGAUUUAUUUGUCAAAGUUUCCCUUGUUUCAUAGCGGAGCUUUACGUUUUCCGCGCGCGAGCCAGAACCCUAUAGCUUAGAAAAUUUGGUUAUAUUAUGGUAAUCACGUUACUGUUCGUCCGUCCAUCCACCCGCCCGUCCGCACCAUAGGGCAACCAAUGUGAACUCUCGCAAGUUCUAGCUGUUGUGGAAAGUCUGGGAACCUGCAACAUGAUAUUGCAUAUCCAUGUUGAGGUCAAUUGAAAGGGUAUCCGUUGACCAGUAUCACACGACCGUGUCCUGGGCUCAGAUGUCGACCCAUCAUGGUUGCGUGUUUUCUAAGUUAUCCGCUGACAAGUUACUAGUUUUCAACUGAUCGCAGGCCCAAUUCAAAGUUAAUUUCUUUCCGAUGGUUACAAAUUUAUUGUUUGAAGUAAUUUAUUUUACGGGAGUUUUUCCUUUAGCUAAAUCUGUAUUUUUAAUGAUUGUACCACUUACUGCGAUAGACAGACCGCUCCCAUAUUUUGUUAUGGGGAUAAUGGCGUCCAUUUUCUCAGUGGCACAAAUUUACCUCGUUUUAAUUCUAACUGCUUGCCUUCCUUAGAACACCCUUGGAAAAAUGGCAGACGCAUUGGAAAAAGUAAAAAAGUACGUAUUAAGAGUGUGUGACAUGAUUUCUAAGUUUUCUCCAAUUUUAUUGUAAAAUUGUCUUUUUGUCCCUGGUCUUAAGGUUCUGAGUUGUCAGAAAAAAUAAAUGAAUAAAUAUAGUUUACCUUCAUAAUAGAACCGCCACUUUCUUACAUUUUUUAGUCUACUAACUUGGGAGCAUCCUGAGGCAACAAGAAAACUCUUUACUGCACUCUGUGUGGCAUUAUUGGCAUCGUUGGUGCUUAGAGGAAAAAUUCUUUUCAUGAUCGCUGGUAAGAUGCUUUUCGGGUUUUCGUUCAGUUAUCUCCAGUUUUGUAAAUGACGAUUUAAUGGUAGGCAUUACUAAUCGAAUCAAAUUUGGAUUGUUGGUUUUUUGAGGAGAGGGUGCUUGAAACCGUAGUAUCCGGAGAAAAACCGGAUCAAUUUAGGUUUCUGGUAAACUGCCCACCUACCCCUCCCCUAAGUCAAGAUUGACACUUACUUCUCGCUUAGGGCAAAAUGUUGGGUUAGGGGAGGGGUAUUUGGGCAGUUUCCUAGAAACCCAAAUUGUCCACAAAAAGCUCUCGGAACAAGGACGAGAUGUAAAAACAAACUGUGCUUUCACCACUGCGCAAACCUUACUCCCCAAAAUAUUUUAAGGUCUUUUAGGCAUUAUUCUCCCUCGCAGCCAUUUUUUGGAAUCGUUGCGUGACAUCCCAAAAAACGGCAUCGAGGGAGGCCAUUUUGUCAGCCCGGUUUUAUCAGGCCCUUCAUCGCUUUGUCAUCACCCCGUCCCCUCCCCCCACCUAGCUUUGGGAUUAGAAGCAUAAGUUUAGAAAUUGAAUCCAAGUGUGGGCACUACUAUGUGUGAAUGUAAACAAAUAAAGUGUAACUAUAAAUUGGAUCAACACUUUCUUUUUUUCACAACAGGACUGUUUUGGGGAAUAAAGCUUUUUAUGAUUAAUCCUAUCUACCACCGCUAUCCAAAGGUAAACAGAUUUCGAUAUUUUCCUUUUGUAUUCAGGUGCACUGACUAUACGGAUAAAAAUUUCCUUGACGCGCUGUAAUGUUGAUGAUUUUCUGUAAUUAUUUGUUAGAAAAGCGUGACCGUUGUCUGCUUUACACAUACUUCCAAUUUUCGCUGCGCCAGCUUUUUCCACGUCCUCGGAGGUGAGGGUUUUGGAUAGGCGUGUACUGUCCAGGGACUACCCCAAUUUAAGGAUGAGACAAACGAAAGUUGAUACCCUAACGAUUUGUUUUCGAGUAGCUGGACAUUUACAAACGUGAGCACAACGCCAGCAAGGUCCUAUAUAUGGGAGUGACGAUUAAGCCCUGUCGACCCCGAUGAUCAGACUGUAUUUAUUUUUGUCAUCGCCGUGGACAGUUACGCGUGACCUAAGUAUGAAAAUAGUCAUAUUUUCCCACGUUCUUUUCUCAUCUUCCUUCUAUCUUUCUUUCCUUUUUAUUGAAAGGUCAAAAGGCGUUAUGAUAGCACAGCAAAGCUUUGGAGGGAACUGCCAACCGGUGCAGAACUGGCUGCAAGGCCAAAUGAAGCAGAACCGACCCAACAGGUGACGCUCACUUGAAAUCUUUCGAAAUUGUAGAUUUUCUCAUAUUUCUUUACGGUAGAAAAAAGCUUACAUCGAAAGAAUUUGCUCGGUUCUUUCAUCUUUUGUUUGUUUUGUUUCGUAUUUUUUCCCAGUGGUCUUCUACUGAGCAUGCGCCUUGUCCUUUGAAGGAUACCCGGUCUUACACAUUUUUUUUAAAAUGAGGGGGAGGAAGGAUUUGACAGUUCUACGAUCCCUAAUCUUUUCGAACAGUGGUGUGCGUUCUUUUAAGUCCAACAAGAACCAGAUAAGUGUAAGUGCUGUGAGACGGGACCUACGGUUUUUCCUCCUUAUCCGAGAAGACUAGAAAGUCUAACCGUUUGCAGAUGCCAUUAUACAAAGACAGCACUUUCUUCGCAAUUAUUCAAAGACCCUGAGUGCUGGUCCGGACUGACCCGCUCAGCAGACUGGCACUCUCCCAACUGAGCUACGCAGGCGGCUGUUAAAUGAUAUUUAUGCUUUCUCUUUUUUUUUCUUUUCUCGUAGAGUUUUUCGCGUACAUCUUCAUCAAGCUCGUUGUCAUCGCUCUGUACCAACAGUUCAUCAGAUCAGACUGUAAUCUCUACUGCCAACCUUUUCUCCGAGAGAUUCAAAAUACCAGCAAGUGAAACCUUGUUACCAGGUACGUGGUCGAAACCCUGAGGUAAUCCUAAUUCAUCCCGAAUGGGCGAGCUGAUGUUUGUGCAAGCAGACAAGCUCUCACGUUGUCUUUCUUUGUGCCUUUGUAAACUGACUUCUUUAAAAUACUAAAAUAUAUAUGUUUUUUUCUCUUUAAUACAUAAGGAUUUUUUUUGUUUCUUUCCGAAUUUUCUCUUAGGAUGGGAAGAUGGGAAAAGAUGCACCUUUCUGGAUAGAGAAAAAACCUUUUCAAACGUCAAACAAGGGCGAAUGUUCCUAACUCAAAGGUACAAAGCUGCUAUAAUACGCAUUAGUUUUAAAAUCAGGGGGAGGGAGGAUUUGGCAGUUUCGUAAUAUAGGUCAAUAGACCAAUUCGUUGUUACAGUGAUAUGGGUAUCCAUAUCCUAACUCAAAGGUACAAAGCUGCUAUAAUACGCAUUAGUUUUAAAAUCAGGGGGAGGGAGGAUUUGGCAGUUUCGUAAUAUAGGUCAAUAGACCAAUUCGUUGUUACAGUGAUAUGGGUAUCCCCGCGUUUUGGGCAUCCCCAUUCUUAAAACCCUAGUGAUAUGGACAUCCCCUUCUGAUAUUACCUUAGCGAGUUGGUUUAGGGAUAGGGUGAGGGUUAGGGUCUCAGGGCAUGCCCAUAGGCUAGGGUUUUGGGUAUGGGGAUGCCCAAAACGCGGGGAUGCCCAUAUCACGAGCCGAAACGUGUGCCGCAGUUGUUUCUGGGAUGGUUAAUGAGUACGCCCACGCGCCGGUUAGCUAUUGGCCAUUUUUUCUCCCUGUCCUUAGUAACAUUCCCAUGAGUCCUUGCGAAAGUUAAUUCGGCCCAGGUCCCUUCUCUUUUCUAAAGUGGUGAAUAGCCCACGUUCGAUAUAUUAAAAUUCUAACAUGACUCCGAGGCUUUAGGGUCGAAAUUGCACAUUUUUCACGACUCCAUUGUCUCGCAAUUCCCAUAAGAGACUUGAGCACAAAGGAAACUAAACCAAAUAUAGGAAAAUGACCAGGGAACCUCGGAGUCUUGUCAGAAUUCGAAUAUAUCGAACGAGGGUUAUUCGCAGUUACGCAAAAUUCAGUUUAGACUCCUUACAUAGACUAAACGAUACUUGGGCGCCUCGUCGUUUGAUUGUAGAGAGAAAAUUUUUAUCACUUAUGUCAUUGUUAUUAUUACUGCCCACAGUUACUUGUGCUUUGAGAAGAUCAAAUCGUCUGGCACAAAAAACGUUGUCAUUAAACUGGAGGACAUCAAAAACAUUACUAAGGUAUGAGUGAAAAAACUGUAUCGCCCCAUGUAAGGAAUCCAAGACAGUCUUGGAAUGUGGACUCCAUAUGGGGCGAAUUGUAUGUUAUAGAUGCCGUGUCUCGGAAUUAAACUUGCACAUCUCUUAGUGUUGUGUCCAACUAAAUAACUUUUCAUGAGAAUCUAAAGUACGUGUCGCGCAGAACCUCGCGAACCUCGGGAAGCAAUAAAGCCACCUAAAAAAGGCCUUACGAGCGAGAUCAGUUAAACUGGAUGGGACGCAUGACCAGCCGCUAAUACCCUAUCGUAUAAAAUAGACUCUAAUUCCCUUUUUUCUUCGAACUUGUAAAAACAAACAACGCAACGAUAAAAAAGGGCCGCAGUGACGCGAAAGUUUUAAGAAACUGGAGUUGGAUUUCUGAAGCCGCAUUUCGCAUUUAACAAUAAAUUAUGAAAUCCUAAAAAGGGAUUUCGCUUACGGAUAAUCCCUCCAUCUCUUCCCUAAAUAUUUAUAGAAAAAACUUCUAUUUUGGAUUAUUUUCAGGCUAGGCCAUUUGGAAUAAUGCCGGGAGCAGGAACAGCGUUGGAAGUGCACGUCCGGGGAGUCGACAAGGUGCUAAUUCAAGAUUAAGUUGUCUUAAUUAAACUUACCCCAGACUGAGUCACCAAAACAUAGCGGUAUUAAAUGCAAAUGAACAACCGCAAGAUGAGGUACACCAACAACAGCAAGAAAACACUUUUAACCCCUCCCCAAUUGUACCCUAUUAUAUGGGGUUGUUUUGGUGCAAACCUCUCAAGAUCUCAGUGUGCAUUUCGAACACAAGAAAACAAACAAAACGGAACUAGAUCGCCGUGAACUCUCAUCAAAAUUGCAGAGAUUUGUUCAACUUUUUCAUCCUCUGUUUAGUCAGUAUUUUAAAGUUGUUGGUGUUUUUGUUGUUGUUGUUGUUGUUUUUUUUUGCCUCAUAAAGUUUAACGUCAUUUUAUUUAACGUAACCCGUAGGUUUAGAGCUAAGUUCGCAAACUUCGUCUGGCUUUGAGGAAUGAUGUCCGUUAUCAGCCUCGGUAUCUGAUCAAACAUUUCUUCAGGAUGCGCCCCUGAACCUACUGCAUGAGCUCAUUUUGUUCUCAUUUUCAUAGUGAAUUUUUGUUUUGUUUCUCUUAGCCAUACAUUUUUGGUGGACUCAUUGGUAGAGAUGACGUGUUUGACAGCAUCACCCUUCAGAUCUAAUGCCGCCGGACUAUGAUGAUAAUUACUAUUAAGGCAGGAAACUGCCCACCUAUCCCUCCCCUAAGCCAACCUUAACACCUCUCACUUAGGGUAAAAUUGUGCCUUGGGGAGGGGUAGGUGGGCAGUCUCCCACAAACCUGGCAAGAUUUACAAGGGACACUUCGUCGUAUGCGAUGUGUUUACGAUAACCUUACAACCCGGCGAAUACGGCACUUGCAAGUUAGUUGUAGGUUAGCAUUUGUGUGGAUAGCUUUUUCGCCUUCACGUAAACCAUACCGAAUAGUGCUUCAGUUAACGCAUAAGGACGGUGAUUGCGGUGCGAUCAAUUCCUGGCUUAUCUUUAAAGUGGAGAGUCACAUCGGAUAAGUGUUCAUACAAUAACCGACUGAUAGCUUUUGGUGUCGGCACGAGAAGCUAUCCUAUGCAACUCGUUUCGUAGGCUUUAAUGUCGCAAACACAUUUCAUGCAUCAAGAAAUAGGGUUCGUGCAGAUUUUUGGAUGCAAAAUUGACGACUUUUCUGGCUCUCGUCGUUUUACGUUUUCGCUGGCCGAAGACGCAACACGCGUUGAACGCGUUUUCAUACGUUUGAGAGGAAACUGCAGACAUCAAUGUAGCACACCAACCUAUUUACGGUGUGCGACAAGGGUAGUCUGCAGCCUUAAAGGUAAACGAGAUGUGAAAUGAACCAAAAAAUAUCCUUAUCCGUAAUCGUUAACUUCUUUUAACCUAAGCUUAUUUACUUGACAGUCUGCAAGUCAGUUUGCGGUAAGAACAUGCAGAUUCGACGAUUACUUUUGUAAAAAAAAUGCGUGUGAAAUUCAAUUACUUAAUAAAUAUAAGGUGAAAAUUGCCUUUGACAAGGAUUAGGGCUCGAAAAUCAGCUUUCGAAGCUCUUGUAAGUGUCAAGCUUAUCUGUAGUUAUAACUCCGUAGAAAAAUUGUUUUGUUACAUAGCUGCGUUUUUUCCAACAGUGCACUCUCUCGUUGGUUACUUCGACGUCACAUGACAUCUGACAAUAAAACGUUUUCCCGCUAAAAUUCUCAAAGCGGGCAACAGUGCAAAGUCUAUGACGUCACAGGGUAUACGUGCUGUGUUACCCGAAAAUGUCGACUGCUAGCUGAGUGUUACUUUCACAAGUAGAAAUAUUUCUUCGUUGGCUAUACAACGAAUCACGUUUCCCAAGAAUCUCAACACUGAGAUUUCCAGGAAACAAAAUGAAUUUUUUUCCUUGACUGUUAACAUAGUAUACCUCAAAACACAUCCGUUUUUUAUAUUAUUCGUAGUUACACCACACUGUAUAUUAAGAUUUCAUUUAUUCAAACUACCAAAUUACACUUCACGACGUACUGAUGAAAUUAUUUACAUUGUUCAGGAUAUUUGUAAGUACUAAAAUAGUGUUUCUAUUAAGUCUAGUUGCAGCCAAAUGGGUGCUGGUCGCCAUAAUGGCUUCGAACUACAAGUACUAGUGUGACUGGAUUUAAAAGAAUAACCAUUUACUUGAAUAAGAUUAGCCCUAGCUGAGAAUGUAAUGGUACAGGAAACUUUCCUUCCGCCAAUGGUAAAAUACAAAUACUUUUCAAGAAUAAAAAUGAGAUACAAACUAGACUGCUUGCUGUCCUUGUUUUCUCUUAGAUCCGUCGAGUUCUUAGACAGUCUGCGCGUAGGGCCAAAAAACGCUUUUGGCCAAAAAGGGACUUAUUCUUACGACCUCGUUUCUCGCGUGUGCUAAAUAGAAACACGCUGUCUGUCAUUGAGUAUGUGAACGGCAAAAAUUGUUCUCAUCGAGUCUGGUUCGUUUUAGAAAUAUUCGGGAGGAGGGGGAGAGGUGUGUGUUUUUUGGCACGGGUGUCUUAGUAAUCUUGAAAGUA